UAAACAAAUCAUCCGUUAAAAAAACCCAACUUCUGGUGCCGAAAAUGAAGCACAAAACCGCGCUCACGAUGGACGUUCCGCUGUCCGUGGACGUGGUCACCGGUGAGACGUGCUCCCGGGCGGUCCAGAAGGUGAUCGAGGUGCUGCUCUACCAGCGCAACCAGAUUCCGUUUUGCUACGACACGUUCCGCACGAUCGUGGCCAAAUUCGUCAAGGAAGCGUCACAGGAGGAGGAGGAGGACCCGGAGUGGAAGGAUUACCGGCUGGUGAAGCAGCGGGAUGCCGCCGUGGACACCUUGGACAGGAUACGGCAGUUGUUUAAGGAACUUCCCUCGGUGACCUCGCAAGGAUCGUCCGUGCUGCUGCUGUUCGGUUCCACCGUGUACACCGCCAAGGAAGCCUUCCUGGUCAAUCUGCCGCCGGUCAAUCCAGACCACCACGCCGACCUGCACCGACCCACGCUGGAAACGGCCCUGAAACAACUGGUCAUGGCGUUGACCCUUUCGGAAGAUCUGCAGACGGGCAGCGAGCGGAUAACCGGACCGACGCGGAUGUUUCUGCUGGUGAACCGUGUCGAGACGGAGUCGGAUGUGCCGUGCCCCAGCUGGCAGCGGAUGGAAGAGUUCCGACUGCCGGCGAGCUGCCGCCGGCACGUUAUUAAUUUGCUCCAGAAUAGCAGGGACGUGCGACGGCUGACGUGCUGCAAGGAAAUGCCCAUUUACGAAGAGGCAGGGGACGUGGAAAUUGGGCAGGAAGCGAUGGAGGUUGAAGAGGACGGCGAGGAAGAAACGGAAGAGUUGGCACUUGCUUGGUAUCAGAUUGGAGAGGGGUUGAAAGGGUACAAGGAUGCGGAAGUGAAGGGAAAACUGAUUUGGAAUUGUGGUUCGUAAUUUGCGUUGUUUCGAGUGUGAUUGUUCUUUGAAAGUGUGUUGUGUGCAUGA